UGCAAAGCGGUAUAGUGGGUGUUUUUUUUGAAUUAGAAGUGCACGUGGUUUAAUUUUGUGGCCUAGUUGACCUCCACUAGUGUUCCAAGUGUUGCUGAAUGAUUUUCGCUUAAUUACCACCCGUUUCCGGUCUAGCAUGGCUCUUCGACUUUUAAUCUUAGCGUCCCUCUGCUGUUCCUUAUCCGCAUUGUGCCCCCCUCAGUGUACUUGCUACCUCGACCCCAAGGGCCGCAACGCCGUCUUGUGCAAAGACGGCGGUAUCGUCGGUCCUCUCGACCUUUUCAACAUGAGCUCCGACACGGAAGUGCUGAAAAUCACAGCACCGGAAGACAACAUGAAUCAACUUACCAUGAGUCCGAUCUUCUCCAACUAUAAGAACUUGGAGGAGAUUUACAUCACGCGCUCCAACAUCCCUCAACUGGGAAUGCACUUUUUUCUGAAAUUGAAGAAACUGGACGUAUUGGAUCUGUCCCAGAAUAAUAUCACUCAGCCGCUCGAUCACAAUUUUAGGGGCUUGAUGAGGCUGAAGGAGUUGUACUUGGACGAUAACAGGAUCAGUUCGCUACCGAGCGGCACGUUUCGCUUCUUGGAGGAGUUGAAAGUCUUGUCGAUUCAGAGGAAUAGAAUUACGGAGUUGACUCCGAGGAUUUUCCUCGAGAUUGGCAAGUUGAAGGUGUUGAAGCUGAGCGGGAAUCAUCUGCAGGAGUUGAAUCCGGUGGUGUUCGAGGACGUGAGGGAACUAAAAUCUCUGGAAUGCCGUUCUUGUGGUUUGACCAAAAUCGAUAAGCAAGUGUACGAGUUAUUGCCCCAUUUGACGCACUUGGAUCUGGGUGAUAAUUUGCUGACUUCGAUCACAUCUGAGGAAUUUUCUCCCUUGACUAAUCUUCGUCAUUUGAAAUUGGACGGUAACCGAAUCACUGCCAUCAAAAGCUCAGUAUUUCCCAAUCAACGCGAAUUGAAAAGACUGACUCUCGCACGCAACCGCAUCACGAAAAUAUCUCGCAACGCUUUCGACAAUUUACAUAAUCUCACCGAAUUGGACUUGAGUCACAAUAAGUUCGAGAAUCUUGAAAACGGCCUGCUGGAACCUGUUGCUGGCACUUUGGAGGUUCUUUCACUCAAUGGAAAUCAUUUAAGUGUUCACACCUUGAAAAGAUUGCUAAAUGACCUUCGCAUAAAAGAACUACAUUUAACGGAUUGUGGCCUAUUUGAAUUGGGGAAAUUUGUUCCAGACACCGUUCAAGUACUAAGUCUCGGAAACAAUUACAUUUCCUCGUUAGCACCGGAAACGUUCCCGGAAAGUCUCGCCGAACUCGAUAUAACCGGAAACAAAUUCGUCGGCUUGGAUAACGACUUGUUAGCCAGACUCGACCACUUGAAGCGGCUGGAGAUGGACGACAACCCCUGGGCCUGUGACUUGUGCCACAUCGUGCCAUUGCUUGAAAGAGCCAACCGGAGUUCCGCCAUCAGGAACCUCCAGUGCGCCCAACCUUACUCUCUCAAAGGGAUGAAACUUGGAGCUUUGCAUUUCCAUGAACUUACCUGGUGUACCAUCCCUUCGACCGCCAGCGAUGCCAACUUUUUUCUUCUCGGCGAUGACGGUCGUCUGGGGUUGAUCGCCGCCGGCACUUCGGUGGCUCUCCUCUUCUUCACAGUCGUGGGGGUGUUGGGAGUUCUGCUCUACUCGCGCCGACACGCCGCCAAAUACUACACUCACGAGGACAAGUUAGCAAUGGACGGGGACUCCAUUUUCGAAAACCACAGCCCUCUGUUCGGCGAUGAGCGCGAACUCAGCUUCAAAUUCCCUCUGGACGGUGAGAGAAAAGUGUCCGUCUCGACCAUCGACGAAAUAAAAAAAGAACAUGCAAUCAGCAACGGGACGUGAAAGACUGAUAAUUUCGUUCCGUAGAGUUUGUGACGCGAAAUCCGCUUCGAUUUUCUCUCUUUUGUAAAUAUAAUUUUUGACGAGUGGUUGCCGAGUGAAUGAACGGAUGUCUUCCUUUUUUCGGAAAUGUUUCGAAACGAGCUGUGAAUUGUGCUAAAUUAACGGAGAUGGAAUAUUUUUUGAGAAACAACGAGUCUGCAAUUUUAUACGGCCUAUUCUGUGUCAAACACGCGAAUAUUUGAUGCCAAACUCAAUAAUUUCCCAACACUGUUAGAGAAUAAGAAUUUUGGAUGAAAUGGAAAUUGUUUAAUUUGGCGGUGAAAUAAUCAUUCCUAUGCUACAUUUCGUGUAAACUUGCAUCAGUCCGGUGACUUGUCACUAAUCCGUUUCACCACAACGACAAAGCGGCAAGUCCCAACUUUCCUCGAUGCGAACUAAUUAAGUACUUAAUUUAAGUUAUUGUGUGAUUUUGUCUUAACAUUGAUAUUUUGAUUAAAAAGCUUUUACAAUUUAUACAUAUAAUUUUAGAUGGUAUAUAUUUAUGAACCGCACUGUACAAAAAUGUAAGAUUGUUAAUUAAAUUAAAAUUAA